AGUUUCAAAGAUUAGCAUUAGCUGCUUGUCCCUGAGGGUGACCAUUUUUGUUUGUUCUGUGGAAAGAUCUUGUGUAGCUGCUAUGAUCUAUCGCGCUCAAAAUCGAGAAGCAUUGUGUACAAAGUCUAAGAAGUCAACUCGUUCGAGUAACUACCUACCAGACACAAAAAAGGUAUUCAUCAGGAUAGAAAUGUCAAAGGCGUUAUGACGUCUGUGCAUCAAAACGAAUCGCCUUGUUCUGGCGCUCCAGACCCUGUGGAACAGCCGGCCGAACCUGUGGGACAGUAGCCGGUUGAACCUGUGGAACAGCCGGCCGAACCUGUGGGACAGCAGCCGGUUGAACCGGUGGAACAGCCGGCCGAACCUGUGGAACAGCCGGCAGAACUGUAUUUAUAAGAAGAGUAUAUUGAUUUCAAGCCAUGACCGGAGCGCGAGGAAGGAUCACUCAGGCUCAGCGAUCUCCGAGUAUUUCAUGUUGAAAAUUCAAUCGCACAAUCUUGCUUCACUUCUAAUGUCCGUGACUAAUGCUUUGUCGGGUGAGGUAUUGCAGCAGCCACUGGAGAUCCGUGAGGACGUGACUACGGUCUGGGAACUCAAAAAGCAUAUCGCGCGUUGCCAUCCGGACACUCUGUUGCAGAAUGGUGCUGACUUUAAGCUCUUAAGCUCGUGAGAGUGAGAUUAUUCCAGAACUCCAUAAUAAAUGCAUAAAUAUGUCAGUGUUGCGAUCUGUCUCGAACAAGACAUGUUGGCCGUGUUGUUCCUGUUAUUACUAGUUGGCCUAGUACUUCCUGUCAUUAGUAUGAUGCGACGUGGGGAAAAAGAAGACGAUGGGGAAUUCUCUAAUGACAGCGGCGUGAAAAUCUUCAAGACCCCUUGCGAUUCGGUUUCGGACACAGAGACCACCGAAUGCACACGAUGAAAUUAUUGCCCCGGACCUCGCCGAAUACACUUUUCUUGGGCUCCGGGUGGCUUAAGAACCAGAUGUAAGCUAUUUUUUUUUGCCUGAGAGUGAGAAUGAGAACUAGUGCUGUUAAAUUUAGCAUUAAGUAAGAUGCCAAGGAACUACUAAUGAUGGGGAGAUAGUAAAGAAGAAAAGUUAGUUGGUAGGCACACAAUGAAUUAUGCAUCGCGAAAAAACCAAACCAAGCUACCCAUCAUCAAAAACCAUGUAACAAGGUGAAGAAUCAUCUGACGUUCGUCAACUGUUUCCCUCGGGCGGGCAUACGCCACGACGCCAGCGUGUAUUGGUUCUCCCAGAACAGGACAGUGCUGACAAGCCUGGGCAUUUCUACGCUGGCCGAGCUUCGGGAUGCCUUUGUCCCCAAGAUUCUGGCGAGGGUGGAGAGCAGGAUGGGAGCCGGUUGGGUUUACUCUCACGUACGUGCAAGCGAGCUCCCAGAGAAAGAAGGACCCCACACGACGGUGCGCGAGUUAGUCGUGGACAUCGUGGGGGAGCGUCAGAAUCAGAUGUCGUAUGGGGAUUAUUAUCAAAAAACCGGCUUUUUUUUGGCAGAUCUCAUCGGGCUGCGCCCGGGCCAGCACGGCGGGAGGUCACCAGAGAUCGUGCACGCUACGCCGGCACCUCGUAAUAAAUUGGACUGGACAGGCCUCGUGUUGUUUUUCCGCGACGCACCAACAGAUGUUGACGCGUCAUCUUGCUGCUAUCAUGUUGUAGUGUGCAACCGGCACCGACACACAUUCGCCUUCCACUUUGGGGAUCAUCACUUGUUGGAGGACGGUCAAUUCGCGGGAGGCAACUGGCGUGAUCCUACCCUAUCUUGAUUCAGAGCAAGAAGUAAACGCACACGAAUUUUGCGAAUCGAUCCUGGCGGGCAGCGAAUGUUUACACAAUAUUUUUAAGGCUCUCAGUAAUUCAUCUUUGACUGCAUUCGUAAAAAGUAUGAGGGAGUAUUCUCAAGCAAUGCUCCUCUUCCAUACUUUUCAAGGAUGCACUUGAAGGAUGAAAUGCGGACAGUUCUAAUAUUUCGAUCAUGUAAGAGGGCCAGAACGUGAUGGAAAGCAAGAGGCGUGACGCAGUAUUCUUCUUAUGAAAAACAAUAAAAGAGUAAAAUAAUAUAAUCUAAAUAGAGCCAUUUCUUGCAUGCUGCCGAAAAAGGUGUCGCCACUUCUCACUCCUGCUGAUCCUUGUUUUGGUUUGAUGAUUUGUGUAUUCACUUUCUUUUCCCUUUUGUUUACUCAUUGACUUUUUCCAUAUGGAAUCAAAAAACUUUCCUUCUUGCCAAAUCCGGUCAUGAACUUUGCCAAAAGAACUGCAGGGGUUGUGAGCUGAAGAGCUGUGAUGGCAGAGUAAAUUAAUGACCCUGCAUCUGAAGGUUGACAGAGGAGGAGAAGAUAAGAGAUGAUGAGUUAAGAUCUGAAACGAUAGAAGAGUCAGUGCCACACGGUUUACAAUCUGAUCUGUCUCCUGCCUUUUUUCAUGAACGAUAGAAUAAAUUUCAUGGUAACAUCUUCAAGCUAGCAUAUACACGAAUUUAGCGUACUAGUGGUCUACCUUAGCAGAGCCAUGGGGCUAGAAUACUGCUACGUCCACCCGUUCGCAACCGUGAGGGUCGUGACCAAAAAAAUAGUACUUCUCGUCCUCGUGUUCAAGUAAACACUUCUAGGAACGGUUCAACACAUUUUUCUUGCAUGCUUCAAAGGUGAAGAACAAGAGCUUCAAUGAAUUCAUUGCAAGACUACCAGGAAAGCAUUGCUCGAGGGCCCAUUCA